UCCGCUGGCGGAGAAACAGUCCGGGUUUGAACUGUUUAUGCCGACGCCAGGCUUAACGCUUUCACUUGGUGCGACUCUGCGCUCAGCUUCGCUCUGAAUCUCGUGGAUCGAUGGCCGGGAGUCUGCAGCCGACAAAUCUGCUCCACCGGACCUUCUCCCAUGAUCUGCGCCUGUUUCCCGAACUGGACUAAAAAAAUGAAGGCGUGUGCGAUCGUCCUGAUUCUGGCCGUGCACAUUCGCGCCGACAGCGUAGAGGGACCGACAGCAGCAGGCUGUACAUUUGAUGAGGACUCUGACCCCAGCCUGUGCGAGUUCAGCCAGGGAGAGGAGGAUGAUUUUGAUUGGCAGCUCUUCCGCACCCACACCAUGCCUCAGGUCACCCCUGAUCUUCUUCAUGGCUCCUACAUGAUAGUAAACUCAUCCCAGCAUGCCGCGGGCCAGAGAGCUCAGCUACUGCUUCAGACGCUCAGCGAGAAUGACACGCACUGCGUCCAGUUCAGCUACUUCCUGUAUAGCCGGGAUGGACACAGCCCUGGGGCUCUGCGUGCAUACGUGCGGGUGAACGGCGGGCCACUGGGCAUGGCUGUGUGGAACGUUUCAGGCUCUCAGGGGCGCCAGUGGUUUCAGGUGGAGCUGGCAGUCAGCACAUUUUGGCCCAAUGAGUAUCAGGUAUUGCUGGAGGCCACCGUGGACCGUUGGGGCUAUAUUGCUGUGGACAAUAUCUUGCUGCUGAACUAUCCCUGCUAUAAAGCCCCCCAUUUCUCUCGCCUGGGGGAUGUGGAGGUCAACGCUGGACAGAACGCCACCUUCCAGUGUGUGGCAGCAGGAAGAGCAUCGGAGGCAGAGAAGUUUUUACUGGAGCGACACAAUGGUGAGGUGUCCUUAGGUGGCUCGGUUAAGCACCUGGGCCGCAAUCGUUUCUCGGUGUCCUUCCAGCUGGAGGACGUCCAGAGGCCUGAGCAGGACCUCUACCGCUGUGUCACUCAGUCGUCCAGAGGCUCUGGUGUUUCUAACUUUGCUGAACUUAUUGUCAAAGUGCCCCCCUCUCCCAUUGCUCCACCCCAGCUGCUAAGAGCAGGAUCCACAUAUUUGAUCAUCCAACUCAAUACCAACUCCAUUCUGGGUGACGGGCCCAUCAUUCGCAGAGAGAUCGAGUACCGAGCAAGCCAUGCGCCAUGGUCCGAGAUCAAUGGAGUGAACAUGCUCACCUACAAGCUCUGGCACCUGGAUCCAGACACUGAGUACCACAUUAGUGUACUCCUCACCCGGCCUGGAGAAGGUGGAACUGGACCCCCCGGACCCCCUCUUAUCAGCAGAACUAAAUGUGCUGAGCCCAUGCGAGCACUGCGUGACCUGAGGGCUUCAGAGAUUCAAGCUCGGCAGAUCACCCUGCAGUGGGAACCUCUGGCCUUUAACCUCACACGCUGCCACACCUAUUCUGUCUCGCUGUGUUACCGCUAUGCCAUCGCAGGGGGCACCGGUGGUGCUGGGCACAACACCACCAUCAGAGAAUGUCUAGCAGUGGAGCGUAACACAUCACGGUUCACCCUCCGAGAUCUGCCACCCUACCACAUCAUUCACGUUCGACUUGCCCUUGCCAACACUGAAGGCAAAAAGGAAGGGAAAGAGGUCGUGUUCCAGACUGAGGAAGACAUUCCUGGUGGAAUCGCUCCAGAGUCUCUAACCUUCACCCCGUUGGAUGAUAUGGUCUUUUUAAAGUGGGAGGAGCCAGUGGAGCCCAAUGGUAUCAUUACUCAGUAUGAGAUUAGCUACCAGAGCAUUGAGUCAUCUGACCCUGGCAUUAAUGUACCAGGCCCACGGCGCACUGUGUCCAAGCUGAGGAAUGAAACAUACCACAUGUUCUCCAACCUACAUCCAGGUACCACUUACCUCAUCUCGGUACGGGCACGAACUGCCAAAGGUUUUGGCCAGACAGCUCUCACAGAGAUCACCACCAACAUUUCAGCACCCACCUUUGAUUAUGCAGACAUACCAUCUCCACUGAGUGAGACAGAAAACACCAUCACCGUGUUGCUGCGUCCUGCCCAAGGCCGUGGUGCCCCAGUCAGUACGUAUCAGGUAGUUGUGGAGGAGGAGAGUGGGAGGAAGUUGAAGAGAGAGCUGGGAAUGCAGGAAUGUUUUCCUGUUCCCACCUCUCAUGGUGAAGCACAGGCACGUGGCGCUCCACACUACUACACAGCCGAACUGCCCCCCAGCAGCCUGGCCGAGGCCACACCCUUUACUGUGGGGGACAACCAUACCUACAAUGGCUACUGGAACAGCCCCCUAGACCCCAGGAAAAACUACCUCAUCUACUUUCAGGCCAUGAGCAAUUUUCGAGGGGAAACAAGGAUAAACUGCAUCCGAAUCGCCCGUAAAGCGGCCUGUAAGGACCUUCGACGGCCUCUGGAGGUGACGCAGCACUCGGAGGAGAUGGGGCUUAUUCUAGGAAUCUGUGCAGGGGGGUUGGUGGUCCUCAUUCUGUUACUGGGAGCCAUCAUCAUCAUCAUUAAGAAAGGAAGGGACUACUACUCUUACUCUUACUAUCCUAGGAAACCGGUGAACAUGAAUAAGACUCCCAUUACAUACAGGCAGGAGAAGAGUCAUAUGAUGGGCUCAAUGGAGCGCAGCUUUGCAGACCAGAGCACCCUGCAGGAGGAUGAGAGAAUGGCUCUGUCCUUUAUGGAUGCCCACACCUGCAGUACCCGGAGUGAUCCACGCAGCUCCAUGAAUGAGUCAAGCAGCCUGCUGGGUGGAUCUCCUCGGAGGCAUUGUGGAAGUAAAGGUUCUCCGUAUCACACCGGGCAGCUCCACCCUGCUGUACGUGUCGCUGAUCUGCUGCAACACAUCAACCAGAUGAAGACGGCAGAGGGCUACGGAUUCAAGCAGGAGUAUGAAAGUUUUUUUGAAGGCUGGGACGUCACUAAGAAGAAGGAUAAAACAAAGGGAAGACAUGAUACUCUAAUGGAUUAUGACCGUCACCGUGUGAAGCUGCACCCACUCCUUGGGGAUCCGAACUCUGACUACAUCAAUGCCAAUUACAUUGAUAUUCGGAUAAACAGGGAAGGCUACCAUCGAUCCAACCACUUUAUCGCCACACAGGGACCCAAGCAGGAGACAGUGUACGAUUUCUGGAGGAUGGUGUGGCAGGAGAACUGCUUCAGCAUCGUUAUGAUUACCAAACUCGUGGAGGUGGGCAGGGUUAAGUGCUAUAAGUACUGGCCUGAUGACACAGAGAUGUAUGGAGACAUCAAAAUUAGCCUGCUGAAGACAGAAACUCUGGCUGAAUAUGCAGUACGCACCUUCUCCUUAGAGAGGAGGGGUUACUCUGCCAAGCAUGAGGUGCAGCAGUUUCACUUCAUGUCAUGGCCAGAACACGGAGUUCCAUACCAUGCCACGGGCUUGCUGGCCUUCAUCCGCCGUGUCAAAACCUCGACACCACCUGAUGCUGGCCCUGUGGUGGUCCACUGCAGUAUGGGGGCCGGUAGGACAGGCUGCUACAUUGUGCUGGAUGUCAUGUUAGACAUGGCAGAGUGUGAGGGAGUGGUGGACAUCUACAACUGUGUGAAAACUCUCUGUUCUCGCCGCAUCAACAUGAUCCAAACAGAGGAACAGUAUAUAUUUAUUCAUGAUGCCAUCCUGGAAGCAUGCCUGUGUGGAGAAACAGCUAUUCCGGUGAACGAGUUUGCACUCACAUAUAAGGAGUUACUAAGGGUUGACUCCCAGAGCAACUCCUCACAGCUCCGUGAAGAGUUCCAGACGCUGAACUCUGUGACACCUCACCUGGAUGUGGAGGAGUGCAGCAUCGCACUGUUACCACGGAACCGUGAGAAGAAUCGCAGCAUGGAUGUUUUGCCUCCAGACCGCGCUCUCGCUUUCCUGGUUACUACAGAGGGCGAGAGUAACAACUACAUCAACGCUGCUCUCACUGACAGCUUCCAUCGGCCGGCAGCCUUCAUAGUGACACCUCAUCCUCUACCUGGCACAACCACUGACUUUUGGAGGUUGGUGUUUGACUAUGGAUGCACCUCCAUCAUCAUGCUCAACCAACUCAACCAGUCAAACUCAGCCUGGCCUUGUGUGCAGUAUUGGCCUGAACCUGGUCUCCAGCAGUAUGGCCCCAUGCAGGUGGAGUUUCUCUCCAUGUCUGCUGAUGAAGAUAUAAUCACACGGCUGUUCCGGGUUACAAAUGUUUCACGGCUACAGGAGGGUCAUCUGGUGGUGUGCCAGUUCCAGUUCCUGCGUUGGUCAGCGUAUCGUGAUGUUCCCGACUCCAAGAAGGCCUUCCUUAACCUGCUAGCCCAUGUGCAGAAGUGGCAAAGAGAAUGUGGCGAUGGUCGGACUGUGGUCCACUGCCUUAAUGGAGGUGGGCGCAGUGGCACGUUUUGUGCAUGCACUAUUCUGAUGGAGAUGAUCCAGUAUCAGAGUAUGGUGGAUGUCUUCUAUUCUGCCAAGACCUUGAGGAAUGCGAAACCCAAUAUGGUGGAGUCACUGGAGCAGUACCGCUUUUGUUAUGACCUGGUGAUGGAAUAUUUGGAGUGCAUGGACCUCAGAUAGCAACAUAUCUCAACUGUCCUGUAAAUACAGAGGAGGACUGCUGGAAAAUUCGUCUUCUGUAUUCUCUCUCUCUCUCUCUCUCUCUCUCUCUCUCUCUCUCUCUCUAUCACUUUGAGAUGUAUUUCCAUCUCUCUCCCUUUUCCCUUUGUCAGCUCCCUCACAUCAAAAUUCUUACCUUGGAGGAGAAGAGCAGAAAAUAAACAUGUGAGCAGAAGCGUUCGCCUUUCCCCUGGAAUGUUUAGAUGUGGUGGACCAUCCAUGUCCUAGUUGUUUGUGGUUUAGUGUUGUUUUGUCAGCAUCUUUUCCCCUCCUGUUCUCCCCUGAGCUGCGAGCAAUCUACUCAGAAUAACUCAAAGCCGGCUCUGGUACCGAGUGCAAGCGCGUCUUGACUUCAUUUCUUGAGAGUGCGACCUAUGUUAUGUUGUUCCAUGCUGGAAAUGCUGAAAGACAGAAAGUGUCCCUUGUUGGCUGGACUGAGGAAACAAAAGAGGUGUUGCCUGGAUGUGUUCUCCCUACAUGCAGUACACCAGAGUGAGACAUCUGAGGCAUGGUCUAUAAGAUUAAGAAGAGCAGAACAUAGACACACUUAAGGAUACUCUCUUUCUCUGUUACUUGAACAUUGAAUUAAUUCACUUGACAGGGCAUCUCUAUGGAGGGGUUUUCACUGAAGAACCUUGGAUAUCCAUUUAACAAAAGGAUGUCUGGACUGCAUUAUACAAUCCUAGUAUUGUACCUGGUUGGACCAUCUACAGUUUUAACCAAUAGGAAUGCGUCAUAUUGGUCACUGUCUGUCAUUUCCUACAACACAACAAUUCAAUGUCACUUACUGAAAAAAAAAGAGCUGCCAUAAAUUUGAUGGCUUUAAUACCCUGCCCUAACUUUUAUUAUUAUUAUUAUUAUUAUUAUUAUUAUUAUUGCUUUUCUCAUUUUGUACAUAGAUGUAAGAUCUGCAGAUGUUCUGUUUGUAGACAGAUUGAAUUACUGGUCAGUGUCAUCAGACAAAAAUGGUUAACAGGUUGACACUCACUUUUGCCCUUAUAUACUGUAGCUGAGCAAGAGAAGUUCUAAAUAAGAUUUACAGUUGCAUUUAGAGGGUGCAACAAGGGCAAAGCCAAACUAAAAAGAUAGGGUGGAAUGAUCGCAAGAAGUCAACCAGUGUCGACUUCUAACCAUUUAUCUUCACGCUGGCUAGUAUAUGUCAAUUGGUUAGUGUUAAUCAGUUAUGUGGCUGAAUGUUGCUGUCUAAAUGUUCAACUGAUGCAGCAGCCUGGAUGUAAGAUAUUUUAUAAUAUCCCUUUUAAUUUCAGCAGUUGAACUUGGUGACUCAUUUCACCACAUGUUCAUACAUCUGUUCAGGUGUGUAUGAAAUAAAUGUAUGAAAUACUCAAAAUGACCAGUCACUAUUAGACUCAUUUAAUCUUUCUGAAUACAAAUAUUAGUUUCCUAAUAAUUACUUUCAAAUAAAUAUCUCAUAAAGUAUCUCAAACAGUCAACAAAGUAAAUAAAUAUUCUUUUUCAGUUUAUGAUUUACUGCUUGUAUGUAGUCUAGGUAAAGCAGCACCAUGUUAAAGCCAUAUUAAAGAUCAAUGACACUCACAUAGUGUAUUUUAGAAAUGCCUGCUGAAAUAUUAUUUUUAGACUGACUAGUUACCGGUUGCCAGACAUACUCCAAGCUAUUGAAGUUUACUGAAAGUUAUUAUAGCUUGUUUAUUUGUAUAUGUGGUUUAAUUAAUCAGCAAAUGUCUGAGAUUUUCUAAUUGCCGUACUGAUUAGCUAAAGUUCCCCAAAAUAACAAUGUAGCAUUAGUAGUGAUGACUCAGAAACUCUUUUCUCCUUAACGCUAUUUAUUACCUGGCAAGUUUGACCAGCAUGCUUCUGUUUUGUGGCAAUUGGCAGCCAGUUAGUCCAAUCUGGAUUUUUUAGCAGGAAUGUGGGAAAAAUAAAACUCCUAAGAUGAUUCUCUACACAAAGUGUAAUACAUUAUUAAUGCAAUGGAAUAACAACAAGCUGUACUUCAUAGUUGUUUUUGCAAAAUAAUGUAAUGUGGGUAAAAAAAAAGGAUCAGGUACAGUAUCUAAAUGGGCAUAAUUAAAGUUUUGCAGUGCAUUCACUGCUUUAUCCCACAUCAUUAAUAAAGUGCAUAAUUAAUGUGCUUGCAUCUGAUUAUGUGCAAACUGCAGAGCCACAGCUAGAGCCAAAUUUAUCUGACCUGAAAUAGAUUGGCAACUGCUGGUAAUUAUAUGAAAUCAAGUGCUGUCUUUUAAUCCUUUAAUAAUUUAUAUAGGUACAGGCUUUGAUUGUCACGCCAGUUUUCUUUAUCAACAUAUGGAUAAAGAGCUUAUUAGUAAUUCCUCAGUAUUUUGUGAGGUAAUUUUGGGUCGGUUUGUAAACAUUCCUUAAACAAUGAUGUCCUGACUUACAUCGGCAUUAAUGAAAGCAGGUGGUAAUCUAGACACUGUCAGAGUUUAUCCAAAUCAGUAAGAUGGUUGACACUUUGAGAGAUGGGUGCUCUAUUCUGCAUUAACCAUCAAUAUCAGCUUUAAACACAAUCUAACAAAUAGAUAGGUUUGGACACGUCCUUCUCAUUAUUCUAAACGUGGCAAGGAGAGUAGCAAACGUUGUGUAAGUUAAAUAGGGAAAAGAUAAAUGCAUAAAGAUGGUGAAAUCAAUAAAAUAGGAAGAGUCAAAUGUUUAAAAAAUAUAGAUAGUAAAUGAUAAAUGGACAACUAUUAUGUUUUUUUUAUUUAUUUUAAUUUUUUUAAUGACUGACACUUUAAUUUAUUACCUUUUAGGAAAAAAUGUAAUUUUGUUUUUUCUUAAUUCACCCAAUUAUAAAGUCUAAUAUUUUAUCAUAUAUCCAUACUGUAUAAUAAUUAAAAUACUCCACAAACAUUUGCACAAGUUGUAUACAGCAUAAUUUAAUUGGAAAUAUACUUGCACACACGUCUUACAAAUAAUAUUCUAACUGCAGAGCUGCCAAAAAUGUCGUAUUGGAGAUUCAUCAGGUUAAUUGUCAUUAAAAACCCACACACAAGAUUUUAGUGCAGCUGCUUUGUCUUUUUAUAGCUGUGCAUAUGUCAUUCCAGAUGUUGGGCUUUUGGUCUGACACUGAGUGACAGUCUCUCUAGCCAAUGGCAUCCAGCACAGUCCAAAACUCCAAGCCAACAAGCUGGUUUAGAGAGUCAAGGGAAUCCACUGAAUGGUCUGACAGAUGGAACAGUUUAUAAUAGGAAAGAGUUAUUGAGGGUUCAUACGGAGAAUUUUAAUAACCUGUUUUUUUUUUGUUUUUUUUUUUAAAUGACCCUGAACUUUGUGAGAAAGUGCCUGGACCCUCAUAAUGGAACUGAAGAGUAUGUGUACAUAUGGAUGUAUAUUUGUUUAUGUGAAUAGUAUGUGAAUAAACCAAUACAUGCUUGGCUACAUUUAAAAGUAAAUGCUAAAAAAAGUUGAAUGUAUUGUACUGUAUAUUACUUUUUUAUUCAUUAAUGUGCGACCAAAUGAUAUAAUGCAUCUAUCGCCUGCUGUGGAGAUCAAACAAGUGCAACCUAAAGUCCCUCCAUGAAGCCCACCUGUAGUCAUACCAGACCGCAUAACCUUGCAGUCUUUUAUUCUGUCUCUCAUAUAGUAUUAGAUACAUAUUUACCAUUUAUUUUCUUAUUUUGUACAGCAUGUUGUUCAAUGGUCCAGUGUGCUUAUUUAGACAACAUGGAAAAACAGUGGACUUUUGCCAUCUAGUCUGAUGUGGAGACGGCCUGUGGGCUGCUUCUUCCAUGUUGUUAUAAUUAUUUUUUCCCUUUUUUGUAAGUGUUUGUGUAUGGUGCUGAAUGGACUGAAAAGAAUAUUGUGUUUUUGACCAUAUAUUUGUGGGUUUGCAAGGGAACAUGGAAGCAGAUGUGACAGAGCUCUGAGGGUUGGAGGGGUUUUUUGUCUUUGAAAAAAGAUGAAUAAAAGGUUCUACAAAGUAUGUUACUCA